AUGGCACUGAAUUUUUUGCAGCAAUGGAGGGGGGCCUGCUCUGAUUCUACCAGCUGCACCAAUGUUGUGUCGGCUUUGACUGUCUGGUCUCCUCCACCGCAGGGUUGGAUUAAGGUUAAUAUUGAUGCCUCUUUAAACUCGCAACGAAGUUCACUAGGCUUCGGCUGUGUAGUCCGAGAUACUAAUGGUAGAUUUAUGGCGGCUAAAGCAGGCUGUUUUUGCAGUCAGAUGGAGGUUAAUUGUGCUGAGGCAAUGACUUUUCGAGAGGCGUUGAGCUGGAUUAAAGAGUGCGGAUGGGAUCAAGUUCUUUUCGAAUCGGACGCUCAGGUUCUUGUUGUGUCCAUUAACAAUGUUUCGUUAGAUGAUUUAUCACCUUUUGGUCUUUUGGUUCAAGAUUGUAAAUUGCUUCUAUCCAGUUAUGAAGAAGCAAGAUGUAGUUUUAUUCAUAGCCAUCUUCAGCUACAAGGGGCAAUUGGUACCAUUCAAUCUCCAUUCCUAUUCUUAUUUACCAAUUAUUGCCAUUCUUCUACUUCCACACUUGAAGAUGCACGCUUCUUGACAAAUAACUUCAAAUCUGCUUCUUUUACCCACAUUGAUGAUGCCAUUGCUUCCUUCAAUCAUGUAAUUCAUAAGCAUCCUCUGCCUUCUAGGGUUCCAUUUAAUAGAUUCUUAUCUGCCCUUGUGAAAAUGAAACAAUACCACACUGUCCUUUCCAUGUCCAAAACAAUUGAAUUGCUAGGAAUCUCUCACGAUGUUUAUUCUCUUAACAUCUUAAUUAAUUGCUUCUGCCGUUUACAUCUUGUGGAUUUUGGCUUCUCUGUUUUUGGUAAGAUGCUCAAAUUCGGAUUGGAGCCUACCACUGUGACAUUUACUACCUUAAUUAAUGGGCUUUGUAAGGGGAGUAAAUUCGAUAAAGCAGUGGAAUUUUUCGAUGAUAUGGUUGCACAUGGUUAUCAACCUGAUGUUUAUACUUACAGUACGAUGAUAAACGGAAUGUGUAAAUUUGGGAAAACAAAUGUGGCUAUUGGGCUACUAAAGGGAAUGGCUGAUAGAGGUUGUGAGCCAAAUGUUGUGACAUACAAUGCAAUCAUUGACGCUCUUUGCAAGGAUGAGCUAGUUGGUGAGGCUUUAGAGCUCUUCUCUCAAAGGAGGAAUAAGGGCAUUUCACCUAAUGUCAUCACUUACAAUAGUUUAAUUCAUGGUGUUUGCAAAUUAGGCCAAAAGAACCAAGCUUUGGCCUUGAUGAAUGAAAUGGUGGAGCAAAACAUAUUACCAAAUGUUUAUACCUUCAGUGUAUUGAUCGAUGCUCUUUGUAAGGAUGGAAUGGUUUCAGAGGCUCAAAAUACAUUCAAUGUAAUGGUUCAAAGAGGUGUAGAGCCUGAUGUGGUCACCUACAAUUCCUUAAUUGAUGGUCUUUGCAUUUCAGACCAAUUCAAGGAAGCUUUGGCCUUGUUGAAAGAAAUGGUGGGGAGGAACAUAUCCCCUGAUGUUUUUACCUUCAAUAUAUUGAUUGACACUCUUUGUAAGAAAGGACUGGUUUCAAAUGCACAGAAUAUAAUCAAGAUAAUGAUUCAAAGAGGUGUGGAACCUGAUGUUGUCAAUUAUAAUUCAUUGAUGGAUGGAUAUUGUCUGUUCAACCAAAUUGAUAAGGCUAGAAAGCUAUUUGAUCUGAUGGUGACCAAUGAAAUAGCUGACAUUUUUAGCUACAGCAUUUUGAUCAAUGGAUAUUGUAAGUGCAAAAUGAUAGAUGAUGCAAAGGAAAUUUUUGAUGAAAUGUAUCAUAAAGGUUUAGUUCCUGAUGCUGUUACUUAUCAUACUCUUAUAAAGGGUAUGUUUCAAGCAGGAAGGCCCCAAAAUGCAAAAGAGCUCUUUAAGGAUAUGUGCUCUCAUGGUCAACAACCAAAUAUAGUAACCUUCUCAAUUAUGAUUGAUGGCUUGUGUAGUCAAGGGAAUCUCGAUGAAGCACUCACCCUGUUGAAAAAAAUUGAGGAAAGCCAGUUGAAGCCUGAUCUUGUGACCUAUUGCAUUCUGAUCAAUGGUAUGUGCAAAGCUGGCAAGAUUAAUGAUGCCAAGGAACUGUUUUCUAGUCUUUUUGAAAAUGGUUUACGACCUAAUGUUUAUGUAUAUAGUGCAAUUAUGAAAGGACUUUGCCGAGAAGGAUUAAUAGACGAAGCGUAUAAGGUAUUUAGAGACAUGGAAAAGGGAGGAUGUUUACCGAAUAAUUGUUGUUAUAAUAUCAUCAUUCAAGGGUUUCUCAAGCAUGAGGAUUUACCAAAAGCAGCAGAACUAAUCAAUGAAAUGGUUGACAAGGGAUUCUCUGCCGAUGCUACUACCAUCGAAUUGGUAGUACGUUUAUUGUGCAAUGAUGAUCUCAUUCUGAGGCUUUUAAAGGUGCGCAAUGAGGGAUCAGCAAACUAAAGUUGUUAUAUCUUGACCAUUCAAGUGUGUCUUGGAGCGCAACUUGGUACUUGCAAGGAUAUGAUUACAACUUCACCUUUCUAACCAUAAAGGUAUAAGCAAUUCUUUUUUGCUUAAUUAUUAUAUUUUUAAUAAUAAUGAAAAUAAUGAUUAUAAACCAGUGUGCUUUAAUUGAGAAUUGAUUUAACAAUUAGACUACACUAUAAAUGCAGGGUGCAGGAUAUACAGUCCCAGAGUACAAGGUAAGAGAAUCACUAGAUUUCUACAGCUGUUGGUUGGAUGAAAUGUCACUAAAAUUAUAGACAACAGAAAAUGUUAUGGGAAUUGAAGGAAAAGCAAACAUCCUCUAUGUCACCUUUUUUUUUUUUCUUCUAGUCAUCAAGUUAUAGGUCCUUAAUUUCUUUUAUUUUCCUUCAAGUUAAAUUAGUGAAAUCAUUGCAUUAGCAUCUAAUAAUAUGAAGUUCACAAUCUUUUCCAAUGAAA